CAAUUCUUUUUCUACUCUUAAGCCUUUUUUAUCUCCCCUGGGAAGCCUGGACCUGGAAGAGAGUUGACUGUUGAAUGUCCUCCUCCACCCCCCCCCCCCCCCUGCUGCUGAUUAAAGUUGCGCUGACCCCCGAGAUCAACCACCCCCCCCAGGAACAGAACCACUUUGCCACCUUCCCCUACCCACCUUCCUACCUCGUCUCGCUAUUCUUUGUACUAUUUCACCUCACAAUAUUCCUCCCACUCUUCUCUUCGCCCUUCCGCCCUUUCGCCUUUUCGAUUCAUCUCAUUUUCUGUCAUUCUGACAUCCUUCCUUCCCCAAUUGUCUACUUGUACUUGACUUAGAGUUACUGGGUUCCUCCUGUGUUCUGUGAGUUCCGUUGGUUGCCCGCACUUUAAUUGCUGCCUCGUCAAUUCCGAGCAAAUAAUGGUCCAAAGCUAACCUCAAUUCC